AUGGUUUGCAAGCUGCCAGUGUGUUUCCUACCCAAAGGAGAACCGGUGGACGAGGACUCGCAGCUGGGAGAGUCUCGUUCAGGUAGAUUGCGCUCGACUGAGGUUGCGCAACACCCCUCCCUCUCUCCGAAUGCUUCUUCUCGGUCAGGCCCAGACUCUCACAGCAUGGACCGCUUCCUUUGCCACAAGACCCUACACCGCGUCGAAACUGACCAUGGCACGACUGCGCGUCUCAUGCGGUGAUCAACGAGAGAAGCUCCGUGAUCAAGUCUAACCAGGCGGACACGGCGAUCGAUUUGCGGAGAUUGGCAAGCGCUGGGUGGCUGGCACCUGUUUCUCUGGGAAGAACCUGAUGAUGGCCUCCGGUUCGCCGACGCGAUAUACACUACGUGGCAAGCGCUUGUUUACAGGGGCAACAUGACGCAAAACAGCAAUAUAAGGGGUCAGGGAUUGCGGAGCGAGCGACGGACGACUGGCUUGGGAUUUGUCUGGAAGACCGCGUCGCGCAGCUGCUCGUCAUACAAGCGUGUCAUCACGCGCAUCGAGCCCUUUGGCCUGCCGGGACGAGGCGUCCAAGAGGAGGGACGACCACCGCCAGGUGCUUUUCUCCAGGUUUUUCGUGGCAUCGUACCACAGGCCAUGUUGGAGAGCUUACUUGGCCUCUCCCUGCUGACAAGCUCAGGGAUGGGCUUUCUUGUCUCGUGCGAACAUGUUAUCGGCUCGGUGCUGUCAAGUCAAGGAACUGCGUGGUCUCACAGACGGAUGCGGGCGGCGCCGAGGCUCGAUGGAUCCCAGAACAAGAUCCGUGAUUGCCACCUCUCCCCCCCCCAGUGCUGGAGGUGGAAGGGGCUGGGGUGGAUUCAUUCCGGCCGUUGUCGUUGCUCUCACGUGGCCGAAGCCAGGAUGUGAAGAUGGAAAGCAGGGGCUCUGGGCUUCUCUGAUCAAGCCACUCAUCAGAGACAGACAGGAUCUGAUACGCCCAGGAAGUCUCAUCGAAGGGUUCCAAGUCGGUACCCAGCCGCGCCUACCCACGAUACAAGACAUUUGAUCAGCCAGCUAAACGUGGUGGACAGGGGAUUGUCUUGUUCAACAUGGCAUGCAGCCCCUCGGAGGGUGCGGAAAGACCGUAGAGCAAUCAAAAUUUGCAGGGAAGAGUUUGCAGCCAGCUGAGCCAUGAUAGCAAACCAUGGGGAGAGGCUGCCAUAUCACUUCGGCCCCGAACGGCCAGCGGGAAAGAUCCCUGACCCCGAAGACGUGACCCGAUUCGUGAGAAAAGGGCAUAUUCACAGCCAUCGAAAGGCCUUUCGGUCAAACGCCAAGAAUAGCAGCAAUGCUGAGGGGGUCAUGAUCAUCAAUCAGCACUGUCAUCAUGAGGGGCAAUGAUGUGGAAGGACCGACUCCAUAGAAGGGCCUAUUUUCCCUCCUUGCCUGUCAGAAUGGCAGAUGGCGACUUGGCCUCCUUGUCCGACGCUGUUCUGUGUAAAUGGUCCGAUCCGGCGUCCCGUGUUCUCAGGACGAUGGUUUGUGAGAGGUGAGGUGUCUCGUGUUGACCUCCCCCUCUCGCUGCGGCAAGUCAAUAUUGAAGCCAGCCACAUGCAGCGGCAGAGAAUGCCCUGGAGUGUGUCGUGGCCAAGAUGCUGAUGGGUGUGGGUAGUCGACGUACAUGUAACCCAGAACAAAGGGACUGACUUAACCCAAAGAGAGAGUUGAGGUGAGGCAUGAUGUUCAUGUAUGACAUGAGAUAGAAGCAUGGCCAAUCUGUCACUCACUGGCAGGUCGUUCACGAUAGAGGCUAAUGACGGUUGUGAUAUCUAGCCCGCCCCACAUUUGACUCCUUGGUUGUUGUUGUUGUUAUCAGAUCGCCUGUUUCUGCUUGAUUCAAGUCAUCUAUCUCGGGCCUUCCGGGUGCAAGCAGGCAAGAGCAGACUUUUCAGACGAAUGGAAAGGCAUGCAAACCUGAUAGGUGUUUACGAUGCCGAAGAGACAAUAGAAGCAAAAUUAGGCAGUGUUGCUGCAGAAAACGAAAAGAACAAAUCCAAUGAGAGGCCGUCAACCUGUGCUCCCCCCCCCUUUUUUUCCCCUGGCAACCUGGAAGCUGGGCACGGGACAGGUGCAUCUCGCAACCUCGUGUGAGAGCUCUCUAUUCUCGGGAUGAUCCGGAGAACCUAGGGGGUAAGCCACCUGGAUAAGCUGAAAGGACUAAAGAUUUCAAGGAGAAAAUUUAGGCUCUAGGCAACGGUGCACUUGCCCACCCCUCUCCGAAGAGGGAAGCACAAGCAAGAUACGGUCUUUGUGUGAGGGUGUCUUUUGCAAGGGAGGUUGAAAGAAAGUCCACUAAACUGAACAGAAAAAACGCAGGCAGGUAAGGAGUGGGUCUCGUGGUGGGGAUGUUAACGCUUUGGCCAACGGUUUUUGACAAUGAUUUUAGCGACUCCGCUGGGGGGGCGCUUUCUGGCUCUUUUGGGCUGACAGCUGGGCUGUGAUACGCUGCCCGCAAUGGGUCUAUGGAACAUGG